ACUCGAGAACAGGGUUACGGAAAGGUGAAGGGAAGAGGUACGAUCCGCAGAAGAGAAGAGAUAUCAAAGAGAGAUGGAGAAGGGGUGGGUUGUGGCGGUGAUUGUAGCUGCAGCAGCCUUGUUGAUGUUGGGCGCGGUGGAAGCCCGGCGUGGUCAUGACGACGUGAAGGUCGUACACUACGAUGGCAAGGUGCUGUGCCAGGACUGCUCCAAGGGAUGGAACGAGUGGACGAAGGGUAAACCCGUCAAAGGUGCGAAGGUCGCGGUGACAUGCCUGGACUCGCGCCGGCGAGCGGUGUGCCACACGAGCGACACCACCGACGACAAGGGCGAGUUCGAUCUAGUGGUGAGCAAGUUCGUGUACGGGAAGGCGGUCCGGCCGGAGGACUGCACCGUGAGGCUGGUGUCGUCGCCCGAUCCCACCUGCAACGUCAUGACCGACUUCGGCGGCGGCAAGUGCGGGGUGAGGCCCCACCACCCCUCCGUCGUGCACCGCGGCAUGCUCAAGUACACCGUGGGGCCUUUCUACUUCACGUCGCCGUCGUGCGAUGAGCCGGAGACUUCGCCGCACGAGGACGAUGAAGACUGAGAGAUGAUAUACCACGACGAUGUCUUCGCUUUGGUCCGAGUCGAUGCCCCGUCCGUGCGAUCGUCUUAAUAAGAAAGAAGCUGGUUUUAUUUGUGUUAGGAUCGUUAAGUUGCUUGCGACGUGUGCUUUUGUGAUAUCAGCAAUAUCCAAAAUGUUCGAUUAAGAAUAA